AUGGAUGUAGAUAAAUCUAGCGACCUGUUUGGUGGUUCUAAUGAUGCUGAAAAAUCUAGCGACUUGUUUGGAGGAUCGAAUAUGGGUUCUGGAACAUCCUCAGACCUGUUUGGAGAACCAACCACGUCAACGGACAAGAGUGCUGCGUGGCAAUACCAUCAGCCAUCGGUGGCGUGCCGUUCAUCCUCGUCUUCCUUUUCGGCGGAUACGGUCCAGUCGGCGCUCCACACAAAUUCACCAUCUCUGGCCGCUGUGGAUCCACGAAUGGGGGACCCUGAAUACGAGUCCUCCGUCGAGCUCGCAAGGAAACUUCAGGACGAGUUUGACAGAUGCGCACGCGCGGAUGCAGACGCCGAAAGCGUCAGGAGGCCCGACGAAUCCUACACUGAAUGUCUCUUACCAGACGUACCACAAGGCGCACAAUUUGACCAAUCAGAUGUAGACUUGCAGAGGGCAAUUGCUAAAUCGCUCAUUGACAUGUAGAUUGUCUACAACAGCUCAUUAAGCAUGAUGUACUUUU